AUGCACGGAGCGUCAUACCCACAUGAGCCUGCAAGACUCGAUGCUAAAUCCAAGUUCCAACUAGCUAAAAGACUGACUUUCAUCACAAAGACGUCCAGACCUCGACCCGUUGAACACAGAAUACUAACCGGACCCGAACCACUCCCCACUUGA